AUGGCUAUUCAAGUGGACAAGUUCAACUUUGAAAGUGUCCCAGAAUCCCCUGGAGAGAAGGGACACUUGACAAAUCUGAAGCAGCUAGAAGAAGAGAGGCAGGAGGCACGAGGCCUGGAGAUCAGCAGCAAGCUGGACAUCUGCUGGAGAAUCCCAUCUCUAAAGCGCAGCGGUGAGGCGAGCGUGGAGGGCCUCCUGAACCAGCUCGUCCUGGAACACCUGCAGCUGGCACCUCUGCAGUGGGAUGUGCUGGUGGAUGGGCAGCCAUGUGACUGUGAGGUGGCAGCUGCCUGCCAGGUUGGUGACCCUGUGCACUUAGAGGUGCGGCUGACGAAUCGGAGUCCCUACAGCGUGGGGCCCUUUGCCCUCACUGUGGUCCCCUUCCAGGACCACAAGAAUGGUGUGCACAACUAUGAUCUGCAUGAUGUCAUCUCCUUUGUGGGUUCCAGCACCUUCUACCUUGACACGGUGCAGCCAUCAGGCCAGUCGACCUGCCUUGGGGCCCUCCUCUUCCUCUACACAGGUGACUUCUUCCUCCACAUCCGCUUCCACGAGGACUGCAAGAGCAAGGAGCUGCCACCGUCCUGGUUUUGUUUACCCAGCGUGCACGUGCGGGCUCUGGAGGCACAGGCCUGAACCCCUCAGCCCCAAAGGCUGUGCCCUCUUUGCACCAUACCCAGCUUUCUUCCUUCCUCCCAGAAGUCACCCUGUUUGCUGCCUGCUCUGUUUCUGGCCUAUUAUGCUGAGCGACCUCACACCUAGUACCAGCCUGGGUGGCCCUGCUCUAUGGCCAGUACUGUGAAGGGUCCUUUCUAGUGUGUCAUCUCCCUGUGGCCUUAAGAAGAAAUGCUGAGCCAUCCCUAAAAUCUCCUUUGGUCUGGCUCACCCCUACGAAUGCCACUGACAACCCAAGCAAGGGAGGGGACAGUGUGGGUGACCAGGGUGAGUGGGUUUCAGGAUGUUUCCUGCCCCAUGUAUUCUGUAUAUCUAUGUUGCCAUGUUCUCCAAUAAAGGCCUGCCUUGCUUACUUCA